ACAGCAGUUCCACUGAGAUAGGUACUGCCCAAUCUCAUCUCAUUAGUUAUUACUUAGUUUUCGCGUUUAAUAAGUAAGUUAUGUACAAUCGUGCGUUUUUCAAUUGCAAGUGCUAUUGUUUGAAAUAAUUCAAAGUUAUUCCAUAGAUAGAUAGUUGGCCACCGAUUAGUUGGUAUAUGUUAAUGGUUAAACAAAAACAGACGAGCUUUUGGAACCUGUGAUUGACAUUAUUUUAUUACUCUCUUAUUAGGGACUCAUUAGUAAUUUUUACUUUUCUAAAGUCACUCGUGUUCAAAUGGCAUAGAUUCAACACAAAUCAGAAGCUUGAAUUGGUGAGUUCAAGAAAUCAAGAUAUUAUGUAGAUACGGAUUUCUAAGGUUACUCGUUCAAUUGAUAUAACUUAGGUUCAAUGAAAAUUAGCAAUGUGAUUUGUAGCCUAAUGUUGCAGUAGGUAUUAAUAUUGAAUGGCAGUUUCAGAAAUUAUCGAAGCAAUACGUUAUCUAUGAAUUUUACUUUUAUUCGUGGUUUCCUGCAUUGCAGUGAUGUCCACGUAGACGCAUGAAAAAUAAAAACAUCAGACAUUCACGCAGAUAAUAGAUCUAGUCGGUGAAUCAGAUUAGAGCUCAUCGAAUCGUGAAAACAGUCUUGUUUUGGAAAAAUGUCAUCAAAAGGAAGAAAGUCCAGAAAAAUUUCGGACGAUGAAGAAGCAAACACAUCAGGACAUUAUACUCGUAAAAAACAGAAAACUGGUGAAUGUGCACAAGAUUCGACAACAAAACAACCAGCAGUAAGCUGCAGAAAAAUUUCUGAUGAAGAAGAGGCAAACACAUUGGAACAUCAUAAAAAACAGAAAACUGGCGAAUGUGUACAGCUUUCGACAGAAAAACAAUCGGCACCAAACUGCAGCUCAACCACGGUUAAUAACGAAGAAAAUGCAUCACAAAACAGUAUGCUUGAAAUAAAACCAUCAAAAACGUCUGCCUCAUCAACAAAACUAACACUGACUGCAGACCUCAAAUCGGAACCAGAAGAAACUGAAGAAUAUAAAGCUGCAAGGUUGAAAAAUCUUCUUCAUGGUAUUUCUUAUCAAUUAAUGUUAUUAAUUUACUUUAUACAACGUGGCCUUGAGAAACAUGCCGAAAAUGAGCAGUAUGCCUUCGCUUUAGCGACAGAAAUGGCUAUUGCAGAAGAUUUUGAUGAUCUGGUUUUUAGAUACAGAGAAAACAAUGGUAAAUGGGUGUAUCGCUUUUUGCAAGCUAAACAUAAACUUGAUAAUAAAAAACAGAUCACUGCAACUGAUUUACUCAGCGUCGCCCGAAGCAAUAAUGAUUUUGGUCUAAAAAAAUACUUUGAAUCUUUUCGAAAAAUAAAAACACAUCCGCACUUUAAAAAUGGCAUGUUUAAGGAUUUUAUAAUUUGUACAAAUAUUGGUUUACAGAACCAUGAUCAUUUCAAACCAGUGGAAGAAAAUGAUGAAAUAUUAAAUUUCAAGAAGGAAAAUGCUAAACUGUUGAAACUUGAUUUCGCAAAAUUCCCUCAAAAGGCAGAAUUAAGAUCUAUACUAGAAGGUACUUCACACGAUGUUUCUGAAAAUGAAAUAACUGAUUUUUUUGAGAAUUUAGUAUUUGCCAUUGAUAUGCCUGAUGAAUCAGCGCUCAGUAAAAUAAUUGCAGAAAAUAUGAGCCAACAGUUCAACUUGAAAGACAGUAAACUAGCAACAAAUCACUUUUUUAGACAUAUAUCAAAAUGGAUGAAUUCAAAAAAAGCAUACUUUUUCAAAAAUGAACAUGGAGAAACAUGUUUUAAAAAAAUCAAGCUAAGAAUUGAAAAGUUGGAAGUAAAUGGUAUCACCCUUGGAUACCUACUGUGAGGAAAUUAAAAAAUAUGGCAUAGAAUUUGACAAUAUUCCUUCAAAAUUGAGCGAUUUCUUGAAUUGCACAGAAGAACAAAUUUUCAUCUUUAUCAGUCCUUGCAAGACUACCAGAUUAAGUGCUAUUAAAGUCAUCCAAGCAUUAAAAGGUAUGGAUAAGUACAAGGCUAACGCCAGUUUCAUUUCUAUGUAUUUGAGCUCUUUGUGGAGUACACUACAUCUGGUUAAAAGUACAUUUGAGUCUAAAGGAACACUUAAUCUUUUAGUGGUUGAAUGUGAAAAUGAAAUUAAGUAUGAUAAACAGAAAUUAUUUGAAACAUUAUCUUCUGUAGUAGAAAAAAGAAGUGAAAAAAAAAUUAUUUUCAUCACUCGUGAAAAUGAUCCUUUGGCUGAGGAAUUUAAAAAUAAUUUGACUGAAAAUGUUAAUUGGAGCGAGGAAACAGAUGAGAAAAAUAGCUUGACUGAUCUGAAACAGAGCUCAUUAGAGAAACUUUGGAUGAGAGAAAUUUUUGAAUUUCAAGAAGGAGAAAAGUGUGUAAGUAUAAAUGCAUUGGCAAGUAAAAAAUUAGAAUAUUCAUUACAGAAAGCACUUGAAGGAGAUCUUUUAUUUAGUUUGAUUGAAAAUAGUAAAAAUAUUAAGAUAGGUAAAGCUCCAAAAGAUUUAAAGUAUGAUACCGCUAAAGAUUUCUUCAUCAGCCGCACAUUUUCUCGAUAUGACUACGUUCAUAAAAAAAUUGAGCAGGAGGAGUCUAAAUUCUGUGUAAUUCACCAAAAGCAGGACAACAUUAAAUUAGAUCCUCAGGCAAGGAAAGAUAUAAUAGUAAUUUCUGACACAGAUGAAAAAUUUAACGAGUGCUGUAGUAAGUAUGCAAACAAUAACAUUCACUGGCUCAAGCAGAAGGGAGAUAAUUAUGUAUGGCAGCAGUCCAAAGGAAGUACAUCAGAAUUACAUAAAUUCUUAGUGGAGGAUGACACAAGAAAAACAGAAACAGAACCAAAUAACAUUAUGGAUGUACCUGAUAAAGUGGUCCUUAUUGCUGCUGAGCCUGGUAUGGGAAAAUCAGUCAUCUUAUCACGUUUAGCAAUAAAUACACAGUUCAUCUCAAGUCAUAUAUGGAUUCUGAGGUGUAAUCUGAAAGAUUAUUCAGAAGAGUUAUACAAGUGGAAGAAGGAAUGUGAUGUGGAGGAAGCAAUAAAAUUUCUUUAUAAAAUUACAGAAUUUUCAUGCCAAAAAAAUUUUGUGAAAUUUGACUUUUCAUACGUACAAAGUACUGGAAAAGUAGAUUUGAAGUGCGAUAUAUUGAAAACGAUGAAAUUGUCAUCAUUAUGCCUGUUUGAAAUCCAAUUAUUUACGCAUUUUCUAAAUCAGCGCAAUAUAGCUCUGUUACUGGAUGGAUUUGAUGAAAUCAUUCCAUUUUAUGAAGAGAUCGUAAUCAAAUUGAUUGAGGUUUUGAAAUGUCACACAAAAAAAAUAUGGUUGGCUUCUCGCCCUCUUAAUGCUCAAGAACGAGCAGAAAAUUUGUUUGGUACAUUUUCAUACAAGUUAGAUCCAUUUACUCACGCUGAUCAGAGAAUUUUUCUAGAGAAAUUUUGGAAGAAGGAAUUAGAAAUAGUUGAACUGGAUGCACAACGCUCUGAAGCAUAUAUUAAUGAAUUACUAAGAAUGUUUUCAGACAAUACAAAGGAUUUCCAAAGAAAGUUUGGUGGCUUUCCAUUGCAAAUGUACAUGAUUGCCAAAAUUUUCUCAAAUUUAUUCAAAAAAUUUUAUGAAUCAAAAAAUCAGGAACUUACUGAAGAAGAUAAAAAAGAACUCAAGGAAAAGCUGAAUUUAAAUUUACUAUAUGAGGACUUUAUAAAAGAAAAAUAUCACGAAGAGCAGAGAAAAUCAGAUCCUGGUUAUGAUCACAAUAUGUACACAGUAGAGAAUAUCAUAAAAAAUGAAAAAGGAUAUCGGAAAUUUUUAAACGUGCAUAGAAAAUUGGCUGUUUGGACAACACUUAGACUUAGAGGUGAGCGGGAAAAAUUUUUAUUGAAAAUUACUGCUGAAAAAAUAGGAUCUCUGAUAGACAAAUUAGUUAAAGGAAAAAUCAAAAGUGGCUUAUGUGUGAUUGAUAAAAACAAUAAACCAAAUUUCAUUCAUCUUACCUUUGCUGAAUAUUUUACAGCUGAUUACAUAUGGGAAGAGUUCAAAAUAGUCGACUCUACAAAUAUUGUAGGAUUUAUUUAUAACAUCAUGAUUGAAGAACUUGUGUGGAAUUUUAAACAACAAAUUUGUGCAUUUUUAAUAUCAAAGGCACAAAAGGAUUUUGAAAGUAAAGACUUUGUUGACUCCAAGAAAAAGCUUGAAACUCUUUGCAAUCAAAAUUUUGUUCAUCCUAACGAAAAACUUGAAACUCUGAUAAAAAUUCUUAUACAAGAAUCAGGAACUGAAAUUAUAGUGUCUGAUGCAUUCUACAUAUUAUGUGGAAUAAUAGAACCUCUGUUAAAGAAUUAUGAAGUCGAAAUCACUAGAAUCACUGAGAACUUUCGGGAUGCACCACGGAAUUUUUUACUUAACAUAUGUGCAAGACAUAGGUAUGAAGAACUAACAAAAGCACUAGUUACAAAUAAUACAAAUAAUAAGGAAUCCUUACGAAGGUUUUUGAAGGAUCAAAGCUGGAGUGAUACUUUCCUACAAACAGCCAUUGAGGAGGACCACUUGAAUAUUGCAAACCUUUUUACUGAGUUGUAUGAUAUGAGUAUAAUUAAAGAUACACUAGAAAAUUUCAUAGACACUAUUCUGAGAGGAAGCAGUGUCAAGUUUCUGGAAUAUUUAUCAAGGACCAACAUAUUUGAAAUCGGCAAACCUUACACCCUCAAUAAUAAAGAAAAUCUGUUAUUAUUCAACGCUUUUGAGAGUUUUUUUACUUCAAAUAAGAUUAAAGAUAAUCACUUACUAUUUGAAGAUAAUGAGCAUUAUUCUAUUUCAGAUAGGGUUAAAGUUAUCAAGUCAUUAUAUACAAAUUUUCAGUGUGAUUUUUAUUGUACUUCAGAUAAGAUAACAUUUUUGAUUGAUAAAACAGAUAUUAAUGUCAUUGAUAAAUUCAUAGAUUUUUAUGGAUGGGACAUAGUUAUUGGUCGAUGGAGCUUGUUUUUGCUUAAACGUGGUAUUGUUGAAGUAAUCAUGCAUGCUAUGAAAAAGCGUAUCAAUUUUUCUAAUGUUGUGAAUAUCAUUUUGUAUGAAUGUAUCACAUUCCCUGUCAAUUACACUUCUCCUAAACGUGUUGAACACUGUUUAAAAAUGAUUCAACUAUUGUUUGGAAGCGGAGCAAGUUAUAAUUGUAAAAAUAUUUACAUCAACAUUCCUGCAAAAUAUAGAACUUUGAAUAAUCAGGAAUUGGAUCUCAAUAAUUUCUUACAUGACAGAAAAUGUGAAUUAACAACAUUGCAGUAUAGCAAACAAAUAUACCUCACCUACAAGAUAUUAAACAAAAUGAUGAAAUUGUUUGAUAAGGAGAAAUGUGAAACGUACUGCUCUCUAAACAAAAUCUUCAAACUUAUCAUAAUUAACUAUGGAAAAUGUGACAAUUUGAUAGGUUUUAAAGUCAAUUCGGAAUGUUGUCUGAUACCUUGUUUUAAACCAGAAUCACCUCCAAUGAAAACUUGGAAAGAAAUAACUCUACCCUCCUUCAGAUUCAUGUUCAACUGUUCCCCCAUACAUGAUGACAUUGGUGAAAUGAGGAAUACCCUGGUAGAACUGCAUUCUUUAAUAAAUGAAUUCAGAGAUAUUAUUCCCAAUUAUUUUAACACUGAUAAUCCCUGUAUGGCGGACCAAUAUGAAAUCUUGGUUCCAAAACUUGACAGGUUGAAAAACCAUUUACUAAACGAGGUGGUUAUACUUUCAAAGGCGAAUGACAUUAGUAUUGAUGAUGCAUUCAAUAAGAUAUCAAAAGAAGUACAAGUAAUUAUAGAAUUACAAAAUAGAGCAGAGGAAGUAAGAAGUAGAUCACAGGAUGAGACAUUUUUGCUCACAACUGAUAUUAUACUAUCAAUAUGGGAAACAGAAAAUGAAACCACAAAUAAUGAUGCAUUACAGAAUGUUACUUCAGAAAUAAUUGAAUCCAGUGAUAUUCAUGUGGUAUGUAAUGCGUUGACCAGUUUAUUAAACAAUUUCAUAAUUGAACUAAGAAUGCCUGAAAACUUAUCAAAUCUCGAAAAUGAAUCAAAACGCUUCUACCAACUUUUAAAAUAUUUGGAUGAAUUAUACAAUAACCUUACCAGCGCUAUAAUAACUAAGAAUUGUGAAGAAAUAAAAACCAUAAUGGAAAAACAUCCAACUUAUAAAUUAUCGAUUAUUCAUGGUCAAGAUGAAAAAUUCGGCUCACCUUUACACUAUGUUGCUAGUCAAGGAGAUGUAGAAACUGCUGAACUUCUUCUGUUAAAUGGAGCGAAUCCCAAUCUCAGAUUAUAUGA